GUUGGUGGUCCCGCGGGGACGGGAGCUCACUCUCUCGCCUCGACCGACGAACCUAAAACCCUAAAAGGCAAAGGCAAAGGGAAGAGGGCCCGGUAGACCCCUUAAAAUUUGUGCACAAAGUCCGGAGGAAGACGCAGGACGCAGUUGGGACCAUGGCGGUUGACUGGAUUGGUUUUGCAUAUGCUUCAUUGCUGGUGCUUGGAGGUAUUGCAGCAUACGGUCGUAAAGGUAGUAAAAUUUCUUUAGCUGCUGGACUCACCUUUGGUUCUGUGGCUGGUUAUGGAGCUUACUGUGUAACAUGUGAUCCGAGAAAUGUGAAGAUAUCAUUGUUUUCAUCUUUUCUUUUGACCAUCAUAAUGGGAAUGAGGUUCAAGAGGUGCAAGAAAUUAAUGCCAGCCGGACUAGUAGCAUGUCUGAGCCUUUUGAUGAUUUUGAGGCUUGUUUUUAUGCUGCUGUAGGAGAAUUUAGAACCGAAUAUGACUGCCAUGCCCAUCAAACAGACAUUCUUCAUUCUUGAAAGACAAGUUUGAACACAAGUCUUAUGCAUUUAUAUUUUCUGUAAAAGAUCUGUACCUGUUGUUUGAUUAUUGACAUGUGCUGAUAUUUUAAAAGCUUUUUUAAAAAAACGAAAGCAGGUGUUUUGCUGGUAUAUUUUGAUCUACUUUCAUUUAAGCUGUCUUAACUCAUGGGAUCUUUCUUUGUAAGUUUGAUCUCUUUUAGGGGUGCAGAGCACCCCAGGAAAUUGAAUUACUCUUGCACUGUAUCCGUGAAAGAAUAUCUAUAAAUACAUGUUUAUGCUAAAAAGGUGGCUUGUACUGAAUUAUAAUUUUGAAGUAUAAUUUUGUAGUUUCUGAGAUUAAACAGCUCUAAAUCAAAAAUUCUCGGGCCUGUACUGUGUUGCACUAGAAAAUCAACUUGCUUUCCAACAC